CAGAGAUCCAUGGGAGAUGGUUGGGUGUCACCAUCAGCAGGGAGGGGUGAGAUUGGUGGGUGAAAUGCUGGGAAGACUGGAUGGGGAUGGAAAACACUUCAAUCCACCCACCACACCACCACCAAGACACCACACCACUCUUUCCCUUCCCCAACAACCAUGGCUUCUCCCUCGCCCACUGAAGUAAGCGUGCCGAUCUAUGCAGCAGCCCCAUUACCACCAGGUUGGACUGAGCACAGGGCACCAACUGGGCAAUUCUAUUACUACCAUGCAGAGUCUGGAGAAUCAACCUAUGUUCGACCAUCGAUCCCGGUCCUGGCAACCAAGGAAAUAGACACAAAUGUAGUCAGCACAUCUUCUAAUAAAUCAGGAGAAGGUACGGAGAAGAACGCGAGUACGACGAGUACGACGAGUACGACAACCACCACCAAGAAGAAGAAGGAGAAGCCCAAGACGAAAGAAGCGAUCCCGGAGACGGUAUGGAUGAAAGUGACCACGACUGCCGGGAAUAUAUUCUACACGAACGUGGAGACGAAGGUCUCCAGUUGGACGAUCCCGGAGGAGAUCAAGGAGCAGGUGAAGCUCUAUGAGGAGGCUCAAGCACGGAAGGCUGAAGAGCUCAGAUUGGCCGAAGUAGAACAAGCCCGAGCGAAGGCCGAAGAAGCGCAACGGAUCCAUGAGGCUGAACAACGACGGAUGAUCGAGCUGGAGGUGCAAAAAGUGCGGGCAGAGGUCGAAGCAGAAGCCCAACUAAGAGGCCUCAAGCGAAAGAACGACCAUGCCGCUGAACCCGGCCAACCCCCUGUCCAGACUCCUGCAAAUCCUUCUACCGGAUCUGAAGGUGAUCGUCUGGCCAAGAUCGCUAAGGUGGAGCAGACUGCUCAGCCUGAGGACGAUCAAGAUGAAGAUUGGCAACGUCAGAUCGCGGAGGAAAUGGCCCAAGAGGCCGCCGAACAAUCCGGCACCAGUAUCCCUCACCAAACUACUACUCCUACUCCUACUCCUACUACUGUUGCUUCUAAUCCCCCUCCGGCGACUAUCAAUCAACCUCCUCUCACUGGACUCUCACUUGAAGAACUCAAGGCCACUUUCAAAGCAAUGUUGCUAGAAAAAUCAAUCGAUCCGAUGGCGCCAUGGGAUAACGAGUUACCCAAGUUUGUGACAGAUGCGCGCUAUCUAGCGCUUCCUUCUAUGAAAGAACGUCGUGACUUGUUUGAUGAAUUCUGUAAGGAGAAAAUUCGGCAACUGAGGGCAGCCAAGUCGGCGGUUCCUAAAGUCGAUCCCCCUCAAGCAUACAGAUCAUUACUGAUAGAAUUCGUAACGUCGACUAGGACGUUAUGGGAAGAUUUCAAAAGCAAACAUAAGAAAGAUCCUAGGUUUAGGAAUUUCGGACGAGACGAUCGAGAACGAGAGAAGGUUUUCAAGAGUUGGUUGAAAGAAUUGGGCGAACAGAAGCGCAAACUCUUGCUCAAAGCCGAAGAUGAUUUCAAGAAAUUGUUAAUCGAGAAAGGGAUUCCUCCAAAAGAAGGGGACGAAGAAGAAGAGAAAGAAGAAGAGUAUAAGGAUUUUAAGGAACGAGUCAAGAAUGAUCCACGGUUUCUAGCGAUCACCAGUAAUUCAUCGAAAGAGUCGAUGUGGAAGACGUGGCGAACAGAUCAAAGACGGGCUCGAGACCUGUCGAAGAACGAUGAAGGAGCGACCAAUGUCUCGACCCAGAACGGUAAGGCUAAUCCUGAAGAAGAAGAAAAAGAAGAAGAAGAGAACAAGAAGAAAAAGAUGGAGAAACAGAUGGCUAGUUUGAAAGCUAGAGAAGAUCACGUCAAUCAGAUCAAGAAAAAGAUCGACAAGGAGGCCGCCGUUAAUCGCGCCUUGGUCGAUAAAGAUCACUUCGGAAUCAAUCCCGAAACGCAUUAAACCCUCAACUUCAUACGUUCUUGUGGCACCAUUAUCGUUGAGAAUGUUUUUUUUUUUCUUCAGAGUUUAUGAAAUACUUGUCCAGCAUUAAAGCAACUACAUAAUCCAAAAACUCUUUUAUAUAUAUAUGUGUGUGUGUUCAUUGAUUGUUGGUUAUACAAACAUUAUCUUUAUACAUAUACAUAGACAGAUAAGCAGCGCAUUAUCACAUCUUCAAUUCCAAUCAAAGCCAUUCCAAAUUCCAAGUGCAAUUAUGACUCAACACUUUUUUUUCUGAUCAUCAUGAC